AUGGCUGACGCAGAAUUAAGACUUUUAAAUGGAGUUGAGUUCAAGUUUGCAUUGGCCAAAAACUCGGAAUCUUUCCAGUCAUUAAUUUCCGUGUAUUUGGCUCCAAUCCUUUUGAAGCUCGAUUCACCUCACGAGCCAGUUAGAAAUAAGACUAUAACGAUUGCAAAUCAUGUCAUGACGAGAGUUACGAGUGAGACAAAUUUACAGUUACCUAUGCUUGCUCUUGUAAAGCAGUAUAUUCAUGCAGAUCAACCGCUACGAAAACGCUUUUUGCUGGCCUUUAUUACUAUAGGAAAAACUAGACUUCCUUCUUCUCCCCCUCCUGAUACUCAAUUAUUACAAAUUUGCUUAAGUCAUGUAAAUAAGCAUCCAAUUGUUCUAAUGAGCUUAACAAUUCGCCUCUUACAAAUGAUUCAUCCAACACCUUCAAUUUCAUGUCCUGAGGAAGUUUGCUUUAUACUCUCUUCCUUUUUCUUAAUUCAAUCUUCUCAAACCGUCUUUACUGAGUUACAACAUAAUCAAAAAACAGUACAGUACCGGAGAGGGGUAUUAAACUGGUUCGAAAAAUCUGAAUGGCCAAAAACAUGGAACUGGCUUGCCUAUUUCUUCGCUUCUUCUGAUACACACAAAGAAGUUGCUCAGUUAGCUGAUGACCUAGUACGCAAUGCAGACGGAGCCCCGGAUGUCGAAAAUCGAAACCACGUUAAAGCACUGUUAGACAUUGUUUUAGAUGACUUUUAUGUGGAUCCUCUACGCUUAAAGCUUUCUGUUCCUAUUUCCUUGAGGAAUAAAGCUUUGCAGUACCUUUUACAUAGCAAUACCGUCUGUACGGAUCCAAAUUCUUUGAAUUGUAUUAAACUUAUCCUUAAAGCUCCACCUACUUUGCAAUCCAGAUUGAUUCAAUUCACACGAUGGAUAUCUGCUAAUGCAGAUCCAGAUUUCUUAAAACCGAGAGCUGCUGGUAUUUUGGAAGAUAUUUUUAAAAUACUCUCAAAUUCAGCCAUUCAGAAUGAACUUCUUCGAGGAUUUUUAUAUACUUCUGUUGGAUUGCUGGCCAAAUCAAAUUCCGAAUUGAUUUCUACUUCAUUGCUCUCCACCCUAUUAUCAGCUUUACAAGUUGAGUCGCCGGAUGUACGUGUAGCUAUUGAUGAAUCAUUAUCAAUUAUCCUUCCUUUUUUUAAUAACUAUCAUUCGCCUUAUGAGUUGUUGCCUAUCAUUGAAAAAUUUAUCAUUAGUACACCAAACUCACCUGCUGCAUCCUCUUCCCUUCGCUAUCUUUUAGUUGCAUUUCCAUUCCAGUUCUUACCAUCGCGGUUUCUAUGUCUGAAAACUCAGGAUUCUAAUAUCUUUCCUUCUUUAUUAUCUGAGGAAGCAAAAAAGGGCCUUUUUUUGUCUAGGUGGCUUCUACAUAAUAAUGUCUAUCUUGACUUUGCUAAAAAUAAAGAUUCCCCGACCUCAUUCGCCUUCUAUCCUGAUCCAGAUGAUGCUAUUUUACAUUUAGUUGCCGAGUAUAAUCCAGAAGCUCUCUGGAAAACGUUUAGUGUUGAGGUUUGCUCAUCAAUUCUUAGCUUUAUCAAAAGAUGUAUGUCUUACCAAGUAACCAAAGAUUCGGCCGUAUAUGAUGAUAAUGAUGUAUUCAACUCUUUGUUAAGAUCAGAUCUUCCUUUAAGAACAAAAUUCUCUAAACUAAUAUCGUCUCUUAAAUACCUACAACCUUAUUUCCGCUUUCUCUUUGAAGGCGUACUAUUACAUAGCAAGGAAGCCGCUUUCACAUUUGACCAAUUCUCAUCUCUUGCUUCACCGGAUAUCCUAGCAGAGUUUUCAGAAGAAGACCUUAUGAAGCAAACGUUAGUCGCCCCUUCCAAUUUAAGAGACACAAUGUCACGAAGUUUAGGACUGCUCCUAAGUACGAAGGAUUACAAGGUUAUUUUCCAUUACCUAGAAACUCUUUUACGAAUAAUAAAGACAUCAAAUAGUCGAAAUGAUAGUCUUUCAAAAAAUAUAACAGCUCUCUUUAUCAUUGGAUAUACCGUUUCAUUUUCAGUGUAUAGAAAUGGCAGUGAAAUUUUAAGCUCAGCAAACGGCUCUAUUUUGGAAGAAUUCUUCAGCAUCCUCUACGAAUACCUUCAGUCUGGAGUGUCUACUGAUAAGAGAUCUGCAUUGUCUGUUUAUCAAGGUAUAUUUCUGAAUAUUUCUAUGGAAGAUCUAGCUAGACAAAAUGUUCAGUUAAACUCUGUUAUUGAAACUAUAGUUGCUAUCGCAAAACUCGAAAAGGAUACAAGUUUGCGUAUUCUAGCAAUGACUACUUUAUCCCACAUCCCGCUUUCUCUGCACGAGCCUUUUGAUCCUGACUUGAUUGACACGAUCAUUAAUACUGUAUAUCUGAGCUAUCAUGAUGAUUCGCCUGAUAUAUUAUUCGCAAGUGCAGAAUCAAUGACUAACAUUGCAGGUGGUCUGUGCUGCACAUUCACGAAGACCAAAUUACCUUUCCGAGAUUUCGAAAACGAAAAUACAUUUUCUCCAUUAUAUACAAAAGUUCUCUCCAAAAUUCUUGACGAAUGGUCAAAAUCUUCAAGACCACUACUUCGUAAGGCUUCGUCUUUGUGGUUAUAUUACAUGUUACAGUUUUGUACAUGCCAGGCGUAUACCCACGAGCGUUUCAACGACAUAUAUCAUACUUUCUUAACUUUUUUAGUUGAUCAGGAUGACUUCAUUCAAGACACAGCCUCCAAAGGCUUGAAAGCUGUUUAUGAUCUUUUGGAUGGGGAGAAAAAGAAAGGGUUCACGACUAACCUCAUCAGUACCAUUACCGCUGAUAGAGUAGAUCCAAAUACCAAAGCCCCAUUGGAUGCUGAUACUGCUUUGUUUACUACUAAUCAAGGUUCUGUAACCACUUAUAAAGAUAUUUGUUCUUUGGCUUCUGAAAGUGGAAAUCCGGAUUUGGUUUACUCUUUUCUCAGUAUCGCAAAUACCAAUUCCGUUUGGCAGGCCCGUAAAGGAUUGGCAACAGGUUUAGGCUAUAUGAAUAUCAGUGAUGAUGAAAAGCAGAAGCUCUUUACAUUCAACUCAUGCACUGGAUCUCAAUUGCUGACAAGACUUUAUUUGUAUCGUCAUGAUCCUAAUAUAUCUGUUGCUAAAACAAUGACGGAAAUUUGGAAUUCUCUGGUACCUUCUAAUCUUGACUUAAGAGCACAACGUCAGCAUCUUGUUUCUUCUUGUUUGGAUUGUAUGGGUGAUUAUUCUUGGAGGGUUCGUGAAUCAGGUGUUAAUUCACUUGUCGACCUAUUAAGCAACGUGCCUGUUUUGGAAUACCUUGAUCAACUCGAAGGAAUUUGGAGAAUGGCAUAUAGGACUUUGGAUGACAUAAAAGAGAGCGUUAGAAUAUCCUCUUUUCCAUUAUGUAAACUUUUGGCAAGAGCUGUCAUUCAAACCGUUGAAAAUACUUCCGUAAAUACUACUGAUACGGGCUUGAGUAGAUGUCGAACAAUAAUGUCAAUAGCUGUUCCAUUCCUAUUGAAGUGUUGUCAUGAGAAGGCGAAAGAAAUUCAAUCGUUUUCAUAUUCAACCAUUACUGCGUUGGUGAAAUUUACAAACCCGGCGUUAAGUCCGUUUGUUCCGUCCAUUAUUGAAAUAAUGCUGGAAUAUUUAACCAAAUAUGAAUCGAACGCAGCAUCUUUUAUGGAAUUCCACUCCUCCACUUAUAACGUGAACGCUGAGGAUUUAGAUUCGGCUCGCGUGUCAGCGGUACAAGGCUCUUCGAUGAUGUCGAAUAUUGAGAAGUGCAUUUCUAUAUUAAACGAAGAAUCGAUGAAAGAUUUAGCUCCCGUAUUACUUCGAAUGAUUACUCGUACUACCGGGGUUCCAACCAAGGUAGGUAGUGCACAGAUUUGCAUGUUGCUGGUAAUUAGACGCCAGGACCUUAUUAUACCUUAUGCUCCUAAGUUCAAUCAAGCAUUAAAGGCAUCUAUAUUUAACAAAAAUGGAGCUGUCAAUAGUUCUUCCAUAUCAGCGUUAGGUUAUCUCUUGCGUGUGACACCUUUAAACAAUGCUGAUGAAGUGUGUCGGGAUAUUUUGAGUCAGUUCUAUGAAGGGGACGAGUUUACGCAAACUGUUUGUGCCAACUUUGUUCGAGCAGCGGCAAGGUUUGCACCAGACUUGAUGCAGAACCUUGGUUCAACCCUCUUUCCCUUUAUUUUCUUUGGUAAACAUUCGUCUUUCAACAAAGUAUCAUCAGUUCUGAGAAAGCUUUGGGAUGAUACAUCGUCAGGUGGAAGUUCCAUUAACCUUUACAAGGAUGAGAUUUUAAAGAUCAUUCGAGCAAACUUGGAAGCAACACAAUGGGAUUUAAGGCGACCAUCUGCUGAAGCUUUAUUAAGUUUUGUUCAAAGCAGUCGUCUCAAUAAUUCAGAAGAAGUUUAUGCAUUACUGGUGGCUAAAAUGAAAGAGCGAAGCUGGCCGGGGAAAGAGUACUUACUUGAAAGCUAUGUCCAGUUUGCAAUAAAGUGCCCAGAAUUUAUACGCACUUCUAAGCUGGAUGAAGUUUUGAAUAUAUUAAAGCGAGAAGUAUUACGAAGAAAUAUCUCCUAUAAGAUGCAAGGAAUCCGGAUAUUGGGUGACUUUUUAUCUGACUCUUCUUAUCAAAAUGUGCAAUUUUAUGAUUUUUGUAUGGACGAAUGUGAAUUCUUUCUUGAAGAUGCAUGGUUUCAUGAAGAAGAUUCCGAACUCUCUAUGGAUGAUAAAGUUCAAUUGCAGAUGAAUGUUGUUUAUUUAAUGGCAAGCUCCUGUAGAGAAGGUGAUGACAACCGUCUUAUUCAAAGUUUAAUUAAGACGUUGGAUCAAAAUUAUCUUCAUUGGAAGGUCAAGUUAGAAGUUUUACGGCAGGCACAUAAAAUUCGGUGUCUUUUAAAGGAUCCUAUGGAUUCCAAAUUUCUUUACGUGCUGGCUCGUUGCUUUGAAGGGAACCCGUCACCAAGGGCUAAAGAUUAUGCUGAAAACAUUUUGGGCAAUGAUUACCUAAAAUUUUUGAGAAAUUAA